AUGCCAUCUUCGCUCACAUCACCAACACACCGGCGACCGGACAACCUGGAACACAGUACCACCAUAGUCCGUGUAAAAUAUGUUUUAAAAGAAUGUCCAGUUGAGGGAACGUUGAAAAAUCCAUCCACUGAAUCCUCUCAGGAAAAUGAUAAUAAUGCAAAAGAAAAAGCUUUUAAAAUUGGAUCAGCAGUUAACGUUGCAACUCCAGAAUCUGAGAAUCAGAMACAAUCGUUAAAAAACACUGGUAGACAAUUUCAACCAAAAUGGAUUGAUAAUUAUUCUUGGAUAACUUAUAACUCUGCAUUGGACAAAGUAUUUUGUUUUGAGUGUAAAAGCGCAGUGGAUAACAAUUCUACCUUGCCAUUAAAUACACUUUUUGAAAAACGUUCAAAAGAAGCAUUCGCUGUUAAUGCUGGUUUGUUCCAUCGUGCUGCAGUUUCAUCUAACUUGAUGCAAAACAAAGGUGUUAAUGUAUAUAAUUCCUUGAGUGUAGCUAAAGUUAAAGAAAUGAAAGAAUCUAAAGCUGCUUUGAUUAAAAUAUUAAGCUCAUUACUAUACCUAACAAGACAGGGAUUGGCGAUUCGGGGGCAUACUGAUGAGAAUUCAAAUAUUCAACAACUAUUAUUGCUUCGAUCAGGUGAUAGUACUGAAUUAAAUAACUGGCUAUCUCGAACAAAUUAUAAAUGGCUUUCACAUGAUAUUCAGAAUGAAAUAAUUUCAUUGUUAUCUCGAUAUUUACAAAAUAACUUGAUUAAGAAAAUCAAAGAAUCUGAAUUUUUUUCAAUAGUUAUCGAUGAAACUACUGACAACUCAGGUAAAGAACAAGUUUCAAUAUGUUUUCGAACUGUAGAUAAUAACCUGAAUGUUGAUGAAAUAUUUAUGGGAUUUUUUGAAACUGCAAUAACUGAUGCCRAAACGUUGUUCGAAUUGGUAACUGAUGUAUUAUCAAAAUUAACUUUAAAUAUUUCUAAUUGCCGUGGACAAUGUUAUGAUGGUGCCGCAAAUGUUAGUGGUCAUAAAAGUGGUCUUCAGAAGAGGAUAAAUGAUCUUGAACCUCGAGCUUUGUAUGUACAUUGUACUGCACAUACAUUAAAUUUGGUUGUACAAGAUGCUAUGAUGAAUGUUGAGAGAUCAAGAGAUUUUUUAUUCUUGGUUAGAUCAAUUAUAGUAUUUGUUCGAAACUCACCUAAAAGGCAAGCCAUAUUUAAUUCACUUCAAGUUGAACAUGAAUUAACUUCUAGAUCUUUACGUCCAUUUUGUCCUACCCAAAUUCUUAACGCAGAAUUACAAAAAGUUUCAUUGUGCUUUCAAGAAGCUCAACACAAAAUUAAUACUGUUAUAGAAUCUAUACAAGAACAGCGGAAUUCUGGCUUUGAUUAUAUCUGGAAUGAAUCAAUUUCUAAAUCAAAAGAGCUGAGUUUGAAAGAACACAACACACCAAGAGUAAAAAAAGCCCCAAAACGUUACACAGAAGGAGUUGAAUCAUACACUUUUCCAACUAUUAAAGAUCAAUAUAGGACUUUAAUUUAUGAAAUUGUUGAUAUUACUUUAUUUYCAUUAAAUGAGCGAUUUCAGAAAAAUAUUAUUGAACAUCUUUCAUCAUUAGAAAAGUAUAUAGUUGGUAAAAAUAUAGAUACUGAUAUUAUUGAUUUUUAUGGAACARAUUUUGACAAAAAUAAAUUAAAACUACAUAGAGAUAUGUUCUUAGAUAUAGCUCAGUCUAGAAAAAUUCCUAUUGAUAAUUCUCAAGAUGUAAUUACACUUUWAAAAAAUGAUAAAUCACUUCGUGACCUAUUACCAGAAUUCAAUAAACUAGUAAGAAUUUUACUAAUUAUCCCAGUAUCUUCUUGUACUGCUGAAAGGUCAUUUUCCGCACUUCGAAGACUAAAAACAUUUUUACGAUCGACCAUGGGACAAUCACGUUUACAUGACAUUUCUAUGAUCCAUAUUCAUAAAGACGAAGACAUCGAUCUAUCAAUUGUUGCUAACCAAUUUAUUAAUAAAACAAAAUAUUUUUUAUGUGAGGCAUAUCUAUUGGUGMACCUUGGGGCAAAACUGUGUAACGGGACAGAAAGUCGUGGCCAUGAUAUAACUAACAUAGAUUUGCCGAUCAAGAGUGAAAAGUCUAAGAACUCACGUUCGUUUAAUUUUCUUAAAAUGCCAGAAAAACGAUUAUUAAGAUUUACAAAGGGUCACAUGAAUAAAUUUAACUUAGGAACUUGA